UGGCACUCACUUAUGUUACACUGCUUCUUCCUCUUGGCUCCUUCAGAGCCAAAGGGACAAAUCAGGCAAGUACCACUGGAAUAUCAUAAAUGUAGUGACUGCAGCAUCUUGCUGCUGGAGUUGGAUGUGCCUGCUAUUGUAGCAUUGAGCUUUUCACCCCCUGGGAAAAUCCUCCCAACUUCCAAGAUUUUGCAUGAUUAUGCUAAACAAGAAAGCUGGGCCUUAUUUUGAGUUGUUGCCUUUCAGAAUGGGGAGUAAAAGCUGAAACCACCAUUUCCCUGUCACCAUGACAGUAAUAAAGGCACUCUGUAAAGCGGCUGGUAUCUGCUUGCAUUACGCAGCAAAGUCAAAUACCCCAAGUCUAAAUAAAAUACUUGUACAAAUACUUUGUUGAAUUAAAAUUAUUUAAUGCUAAAAGUAUGUAAAUCUUGUUUUCCCAUUAUGAAUGGGAAGCUCUGAAAUUAUUUAAUGAUUCAUUCAAUGCCUGUAAGAGCUUCCUUGGAGAAGAGCCUUUAUUAUGACUUGAUCUUGUAUCAAGACUUGUUAAAUUACCUUUUGGCAUUGUGUGUAUGGUGCAGCUUGCUAGGCAAAACUGUCACUUGUGUACUGGUUUCUUUAGAGGCAUGUUGUAACUCAGUAGAUUUUUAUUUGCUGAAAGUUCCUUCUAAUCCUGGGGAAAGUGAAGCACUGCUGUCAAAUUUUAAGGCUGGCAGAAGAGACAUGCUUGGCUUAUGCAGGGAGGUAGUCUGUCAAGCAAUCUAGUGCUGAGCUAAAUUUCCCAAGAAUUCUGUAUGUGGAGCAAAAUCGCACAAUUUUUCUCUAGGAUUGAGUCAAUGUUGCAUAGUUCUUAUAAUUAUGUACAAUAAUAAGAGGAUCUUAAAUCUGUUUUCUCAUUGCUCACUGGUAGGCCUGAAACUUUUAAAGAUGCCAGAUAAUUUUAUCAUGGUAGAUCUGAGAUAAGACUACAAGGAGCCGCCUGCAGUUCCCCUUCUGUAACUGAGAAAGGGAAAAUACACUUAGUGCUCCUUGCAGUGUUGUGUUUCACUGGAAAACCUAAGAGGGGGAGAGAAUUGCCUUGCACCUGCCAGCUUCAUUAACAUUCAGCCACAGGAUUGUUCAGAUGCUUGUUAGGAAAGAGUAUUGCUUAAAGGGUCACCUGCUAGUAUUUUAAGUAAGCUUCAGUGGGAAAAAUUUAGUAUUAAAAUGCAUUUAAAAGGUCAACUUUGUCAUUCAGAACUGCUUUGUGCAUAAUGCAUGGUACAUUUUCCAAAGGUUGAGAUGGAGCAGUGGUGCUUUUGACAGAUUUGCACUUCCAUUGCAAGGAAAGUCCUGUAUCAAAAAGGAGUACCCCAUUUUGAAAUUGGGUAACUCGAGACCCAUCACUAAACCCCAAAGUGCUCUGUAAAACAUGGAUUAUGUAUAUGCUGCUUGUGUAUAUUUUAUGAUGGAGAAAACAUACUUUCUUGCUGGUUUUGGAGCUGAGCUGAGCUUUCUGGUUUAAAGCAUACCAUAUAUAAAAAUUUGGAGUAACAACUGCAUUUGCACACGGUGUUUGUAUCAGGUUGUACUACAGAUGAAAUGUACUGACACUUACUGAUACUCGCGGAAAUGUCUGUUGCAUAUCGUUUUAAAAUGGGCUGUAAUAAUACAAAUAGUUGUAACUCAUUUACAUUUCUACAUAGAAAUGAUGUAGUUCACAGUGAAAACAAUAAACAUUCUGCUUUUUUAUAGCAAAUAUGAGUACCUUGGGUAGAUGAGCUUCAUAGCUGCAUGGCCUUGUUACAGAAUACAAUUUUGUAACUCAGUUCUGGGGAGAAAGAUACUGCUAGCAGGAUAUUCUUGGCUGAGCAGACUUCUCAUGUCUAAAAGUAAAGUUUAUUGUUUUGGGAUUACUUUGCUCAUGUGAUUUUCCAUCAUUGAUCAUUUAAUGCCAUUUCAGGCUUUUGGACUGUUUUUUUCAAGUUGCUGACAAGUAUAUUAAUUGGCCAGUUUUGUACCUGAAAGCUGAAUUGAAAGCAAAGAUGGCCUGAAUGUCACUACAGGUUGGGCUCAGUGGGAUGAUCUCAGUAGCACAGCUGUAAUUUUCAUUACCUGAAUCUCUCAAUCAUUUGAUAAUAUUGCAGAGUAUCACUGCAUGACCCUAGAAAUGAACUAAGGGCUUGUAGUUUCACUGAGCCAAUACUCUCCCCACCACUGACAAGUACUAAAACAAGGAGGCGAGGUUAUCUGUCUGCUUUAAACUUUUGACAAAUACCUCUCUCUCUGCUCACCUUUUCCACUGCAGAAAGAGCUGUCUCUCUGCCUAGAGCAGUCUAACUACAAAGCUACUCUACAACUUCCAUUUUUUUAGUGCAGUGGAGAUGUGUGCCUGAAGGGCAAACAGAGAUUUGUAAUACCUGCGUCGUUUAUGGGAGAAUUUCUGAUCUCUCGCCUUACUGCUGAGAUUUGUACAGUGGUGUGACACUUUUAGAUACAGAUUAUUCUAAAAUAUUUUUUCCAAGUAGACUUUACUUUUUGACUUAAUUUUUUUGUCUUGCUUGCAGUAAGAAAAGUUUCUAAUAAGAUUAUAAUGCUUUGGACCUGCACUUCCUGGGAAGGAAGGGUAGGAAGUCAGCAUACAUCCAAAGGGAAAGGGAAAUUAAUGGUCUUUGUAGCAUUUUUUGCAUGCUUAGCUUCCCUUGGAAUAGGAAUGCACAGGACUUUAGCUUUUUAUACACUUAGCUUUUCACUGGGAGAUGUGUUCUAGAAUUUGGAGGUUGAAAGUGAGAUGCACAGUUGUUUACCUUGGCUUGUUUUUUCGUUACUUUCCAAGGAGAGAGUGGACCCUUUUCAUGCAGACAGACCUCUGCUGUGUCAAGGCUGCUCAGAUUUACUGUGCAGCUGGAAAGUAUUUUCCACAUCACUUGUGUAGAUGUUGCCUUACUGGUUCUGCAGUUCUGCCUCUCCAGUUCCUUACUGGCUACUGACCACAAAUGAUGCAUUCAUAAAAUUGAAAGCAAAGUGAAUGAAAUUACUAUAGCCUGUGAUGCCUUUAAUCCACAAUAUAUUUAUUAUGUAACCCUCUAACCUCUAAGGUAUAUGUGCAUGUGUACAUACAUUGCUUCAGGUAUGAUAUGAACAAAAUGCAUACUUUACCAUGGCUGUUCUUUAAUUUUGCUGCCUCCUUCAAAUACCAUUUGGUCAUUUUCAGGAGCUCACUUCAGAACUGUGUAGAAGAGCAAAGGGACAGGGGUUGGUAGAGUAUCUGUGGAUGCUUCUAGGAAAACUUGUCUUUUAAAAGUUUUAUUCUUGCUGUCAGGUGGAUUGGAAAGGGGUAGAAGAAAGGGGGAGUAGGAAUGGGCCUAUACCAAAAAGAGGAAAACUAAAUACAGUGUUGGAGGUUGACUGUGGGCAAAUGAAGCAAAGAAGGUACAGAAAACCAGGAAUGUGAAGCAGACCAAAAGACAUGGAAUGCUGAAUGAAGAUGAAAAUAAUGAGGGAGAGGAAUGCUUUUAUUUUCCAAACAAUCAAGAGUCUAGUAGUUGCAAGAUGUUCAGCAGGAAAGCAAAACUGGAGAUCUGUCAUUCUUGGGUCCUGCUUUCUUCAUGAAAGCAAACUCUUAAGAAAUAUGGAUGUCAAAAGUAGAAACUAUUUGCUGAUGAAUCGUCAAGCACUGGAAAAUGACAUCAAGACUUCUUAUAUCAUGGAUCGUAUGAUUGCUGAUGAAGUGCUAACAUUACAGGAGGAGGAGAGAGUGAAGCAGCAGAAUACACGGAAGGAGCGAGCAGCUAUGCUAAUAAACAUUAUUCUUACAAAAGAUAAUAAUUCAUAUAGAUCCUUUUAUAAUGCACUGCUCCAUGAAGGGUACAGAGAUCUUGCUGCACUUCUCCAGGACGGCAUCCCUGCUGUCUCAUCUGGUAACAGAAAGAGUUCAAUGGAUGGAAUGACUUCUUAUGUGAAGACCAUUCUCUGCGAAGGGGGUGUGCCACAGAGACCAGUUGUGUUUGUCACUCGACCAAAGCUCGUAGAUGCUAUUAAAAAGAAACUGUACUGCUUGGGAAGUGAUCCAGGCUGGGUCACGGUUUAUGGAAUGGCAGGCUGUGGGAAGACUGUUUUGACAGCAGAAGCUUUAAGGGAUCCUCAGCUCUUGGAAGAUUACUUUCCAGGAGGAGUUCACUGGAUCUCUGUUGGGAAACAGGACAAAGCAGGGCUCCUCAUAAAACUUCAGAAUCUCUGUAGUAGAUUGGAACAUGAGUCCACUCUUUCACAAAGACCACCACUUAACAUUGAGGAGGCUAAAGAUCGUCUUCGUUUGCUGAUGUUACGCAAAUACCCCAGGUCUCUUUUGGUCCUGGAUGACAUUUGGGAUUCCUGGGUGUUAAAAGCAUUCGAUAAUCAAUGUCAGGUACUCAUCACGAGCAGGGACAGGAGUGUAACAGAUGCUGUGGCUGGCAUUAAAUACGAGGUUCAUGUGGAAAGUGGGCUAGCACAUGAGAAAGGACUGGAGAUUUUAUCCCUAUUUGUGAAUAUGAAAAUAUCAGAGCUUCCAGAACAAGCUAACUGUCUUGUAAGAGAAUGCAAAGGUUCUCCUCUUGUGAUAUCCUUGAUAGGUGCAUUACUACGAGACUUCCCUAGCCGCUGGGAAUACUAUCUCAGGCAGCUGCAGAAUAAGCAGUUUAAAAGAAUAAGAAAAUCUUCCUCGUAUGAUUACGAAGCCCUUGAUGAAGCAAUGUCCAUAAGUGUUGAGCAACUGGAUGACAAUUACAAAGACUACUAUAAAGACCUCUCUAUCCUCCCAAAAGAUGUUAAAGUACCUACUAAGGUUCUCUGUAUUCUUUGGGAUAUGGAAACUGAAGAGGUUGAAGAUAUACUACAGGAAUUUGUUAACAAAUCACUGUUGUUCUGUGAUCGGAAUGGGAAGUCAUUCCAUUAUUAUUUACAUGAUCUUCAGCUUGACUUUCUCACAGAGAAGAAUCGCAACCAGCUUCAGGAGCUACAUAAAAACAUAGUAAAUCAGUACAAGAAAUACUACAAGCUUAAUACACCUGUUCUGUCUCAAGAGGAUUGCAUGUAUUGGUAUAACUUCCUAGCAUAUCACAUGGCAGGUGCCCAAAUGCAACAGGAGCUCCAUGAUCUUAUGUUUUCUUUGGAUUGGAUUAAAGCUAAAACAGAAUUGGUAGGGCCUGCUCAUCUGAUUCAUGAAUAUGUAGAAUAUAGUUCAAUCCUGGAUCAAAAGGAUAGCACAGUGCGUGAGAAUUUCCAGGAAUUUCUGUCUUUAAAUGGGCACCUUCUUGGACGGCAGCCGUUUCCUGACAUCAUUCAGCUGGGUCUUUGCCAGCCAGAGACGUCAGAGGUGUAUCAACAGGCCAAGCUGCAUGCCCAAAGGGAAACAGGAACAUUUUAUUUAGAGUGGAUAAAUAAAAGAUCCUUGAAAAAUCUCUACCGUCUGGUUGUUCGUCCACACAGAGAUGCAGUUUACCAUGCCUGCUUUUCUAAGGAUAGACAAAGAAUAGCAUCAUGUGGAGCUGAUAAAACACUUCAGGUGUUUAAAGCAGAAAGUGGAGAGAGACUCCUGGAGAUAAAUGCCCACGAUGAUGAAAUACUCUGUUGCGCUUUUUCUGCAGAUGGUGAAUUUGUAGCAACUUGUUCGAGUGAUAAAAAAGUGAAGGUCUGGAAUUCAAGAACAGGCCAGUGUAGGUGUGUAUACGAAGAACACUCCGAGCAGGUCAACUGCUGCCAGUUCAAUAACAAAAGUGGUCAGUACCUUCUGGCCACCUGCUCCAGUGACACUUACAUCAAAAUUUGGGAUUUAAAUAAAAAAUACUGUAGAAAUACGAUGAUAGGUCAUGAAAAUUCUGUCAAUCACUGCAGAUUUUCACCAGAUGAUGAAUAUGUUGCUAGCUGCUCAACAGAUGGAACAGUAAAGCUUUGGGAAGCACGCUCAGGAAAUGAACUGAAAAGUAUUGAGAUAAAAGAUUUCUUCAGAAAUGCAGAUGAGCAAUCAGAUGAUGUGGAGGUUUUAGUAAAAUGCUGCUCUUGGUCCAGAAAUGGUAACAUGCUUUUGGUGGUAGCCAAAAACAAGCUUUUGCUUUUUGAUAUCAACACCUGUGGUUUGUUAACUCAAGUCAUUGUCAGCCAUCACAGCACAAUCCAAUACUGUGACUUCUGUCCUGGGGAUGAGUUAGUAGCAGUUGCUUUGUCUCACUGCUCUGUUGAGCUGUGGAAUAUUAAGUCUUUAUCAAAAGUGGCAUAUUGCAGAGGACACAUGAGCUGGGUUCACUGUGUGACAUUUUCACCAGAUGGAUCUUUAUUUCUGACUUCAUCUGAUGACCAGACAAUACGUAUCUGGGAAACAAAGAAGGUGUGCAAAUCUUCUGAUGCUGUGCUGAAAAGUGAACUAGAUGUUGUAUUUUACAAUGGUGAAGUGAUGAUUUUAGCCAUCUACAAUCAGAAGAAUUUACAACUUAUCAAUGGAAAUACAGACAAUGUUAUUAUGCAGACAGCAGCCCAAGAGUCUCCCAUUUCCUGCUGUUGCUUAAGUGAAGAUCUUAAAUUUGCAGCUUUUGGGCAGGAGAAUGGAACAAUAAAGGUACUGGAGUUGUCAGAUGGGAAAGUUCUGAAGUCCUGGGAGGCCUACAGGACAUCGGUGCAGCAUUGUCGAUUUACACCUGAUUGUCAGACUCUCAUCUCGAGUGCUCAUGAUUCAGUUAUACAGGUAUGGAAUUGGCAGUUGAGUGAGUGUGUGUUUCUAAGAGGGCACAAGGAAGCAAUCAAGGAUUUCAGACUUCUGGAAGAUUCCAAACUUCUCUCUUGGUCGUUCGAUGGAACCGUUAAGGUUUGGAAUGUCACUACUGGAAAUCCAGAAAGAGAUUUUGCUUGUCACGGAGGUGCUGUUCUUUCCUGUGCUGUUUCACCUGAUGGUAGUAAAUUUUCAUCUGCUUCUGCUGACAAAACUGCAAAGAUAUGGAGCUUUGAAAGUUCAUCUGCUCUUCAUGAACUGAAAGGCCAUGAAGCCUGUGUGCGGUGCUGUACUUUCUCUCCUAAUAACAAACUGUUGGCCACUGGAGAUGACAAAGGAGAAAUAAGGAUUUGGGAUGUUUUAACUGGUGCAUUACUUCACUUCUGCUCCCCAGUUACUGUAGAUGAAGGAGAACCAACACAUGGGGGUUGGGUAACAGACCUCUCCUUUUCUCCUGACAAUAAAAUGCUUGUGUCAUCUGGAGGCUAUCUUAAGUGGUGGAAUGUAACUACUGGAGAAUCCUUACAAACCUUCUACACAAAUGGAACAAACCUCAAGUCAAUACAUGUGUCCCCUAAUUUCAAAGUAUAUGUGACUGUUGAUAAUCUUGGUAUUCUUUAUGUAUUACAGAAGUUCUGAUUAAUGGGCUGAAUGCUGCAAAGAUAACCAAUUCUUUAUGCUGGAAAGAAAAUUCUGCUUUGUCUGACAGUCAUUAAGCUGUGAAUUAUAUUUAAUUGUUGCAUUCAUGAUGUUUUCAUGUAUAUUUAUGUACUUUUAUGCAUGUUUUUUCAAAUGAUCUUGCAUUUAAUCUUGUUUUUAAUAAGCAUUAUUAUAAUCCUUAAAUCUUGAUUUGCAUCUUAAGUAUGUUGCUUCCAGUUUUAUAAGGAAAUUAUAUUAAGAUUUAUUCAAAUUAGUUGAAAUUAAUAUUAAUAGCAGUGAAGAAAGAAUAUGUGUAUCAUACUUUGAAAUGGUAUUUUAUGCUAAGGCUGAUGGCUAAAUGCUCUCUAGCCAUGAACACAACUGUGUAAGAUGGAAAAAAAACAUUUUUUUAGGUGUCAUGUAAGGGUUUUCAUUUAGUACAGAAUGGGAAGAAGCAGGGGAAUUCUUCAUUUGAAAAAUGGAACCAGCCAUGUUGGUGCUUGACGUUCAAACCAAAUCGAGUAGAUGUUGAGUUUACAGCAGCUGUGCCUCCCACUUGCAGUCAGAAUUGCUGCAAAUUGCUUCAAACCUGUGGAGAUAAAGUGCACUGUAACAUGUAUGAGCUGUCCCCAUUAAGGGGAACAUCCUGAAUCUUCUUUUCUCACAGCAAAAUCCGAAAUUCAGUAUUGUAACUGAAGUGGGAGAGACUGUGCCACAUUUCCAGUCAAAGGAUGAGUACAGCUAACCAGCUAAAAUGAGAAUAAAAAUGGCUUAAAAGUUAUGUAUUGAAAAUUAUAAGAAGGUGUGAAUUUUAGGGUUAUUUUUUUCCUUUUGGAAAUAGCAUUCAGUUUAUACUAUGGAGACACUUUACUGUUGUCAGCUUUGUUUACAUGGGAUUCUAUGCCCGGUUGAUCUCUUGCCUGGUAAUAUGUGAUUUUAUGUUUUUUUAAAUUUUUUUUUGUAAUUUUUACAGUCUAUUUAUAGAUUCAAUAUAAGGUAGAAAUAUCAGUGUUUUGUACUAACUGUACUUGGCAAAUUCUUUCUGAAUAAUUGGGUAGCAAUGUUCUAUUUGAUACCUAGUAAGCCUUUUUCUAUUCAAUUGCCUCUUAACUGCUAUGAGCAACUGCACAAGCAUUCAUAUGAUUUUCAUAUUUUUGUAGCUGGCAGUAGAACACUGUCUAACUACUUGAUUGUAGAAAGUACUGUAGCAAGUAUCUUAACUGGUACUGAAUAAUGAAAUUUUUACUUUUAGUAUUUUUUGUGUGCAUUUCAUAAAAUUUAAUAGGCAUUCUUAGUAUUUCCCUGGUUUGACAAUCUCCAGUUUUUCCUCUUUUUCAACUUGAAAUUCUACUCUUUCUAAGGUGCUGUUGAAUACGGGUCAGUAUAAUCAAAGUACUGCUGGCAGAAAUGUAAGGAGAAGAAAUUCAAUAGAAAAGACCACGAUGUUUUGUAUUCCAAGUAUGUACAGUACUUAAUAAAGAUGAUCCAGGCAAUAUUGGCCAAAGUUUUAAAUGAA